AGGGGAUAGGGGAAGUUCGCUAGGCCUUCCCACUUCUACACCUUCCACACUGACGCGUCGAUCCAUUCAAGUCGAAAUUUUAAAUCCAUUUGUCUCCAUUUUCCCUUUUCGAUUCAACCAUUCCAGUCCACUCGUACCCUGCAAAAAGGCCUCCAUCUGCCUAUCUACAUAGUCGAUAGCACCGAUAGCCCUACUCCUACUAUUAUACAUGCGUAUGUACAGUCUGUACAUACCCCUAAUCCACUUUAUACCUUGUCUCCCAACUUCGUAUUCAGAUCGUGUUUUACUUGCUCACCUGUUUCUACCUUAAUCUACUAGUUGUUCUUUUUUUUCUUCAUUAUUUUCUUCUUCUUGCGCUCCUUUGGCCAAUUUGGCUGUUCACGUCACGGUCCAGCUCAUGUGUACGAAGUCGAGUCAGUUGCAUUGAGUCCCCAGUGAUGACUUAAUUGCCUCCUUUGUGUGUUUUUUUCGUAACAAUUAGCAAAGAGAGUUUAACCACUUUUGCCCCCUUUGGAGGUCCCCGCCCUAUUCCGGCCGGCGCAAUAUUCUAGCCCCUGGAACAACAAAAACAUCUAGGUAGUAUUCUUCCGCUACAUUUUUUCGACAGCGAGUGAGUCGUCGGUCGAAAUUCGAUAUCAUGGCCGCCGGCAGCGCGCGCAUCGUGAGAUAUAUUCUCUUUGCCUUUUUCUUUCUCGCAGUCCUUUACUUCGUUUCCCAUUCCUCGUACGAAGGAGUACAGCAAUUGAGGCCGUCGUCGUUCGGAGUCGGUAAAGGUCCAUCCUCAUCUUCUACGAACCCCGAAAAAUUGGCAGGCGAUGUUGGCGGAGUAUCGUCCAGCUGGGGAGGAAAGUCGGGUGACACAUCCAACAAUGCGCAGGGAUCUACAAAGGGUUCACCAUCGAAGCCAGCUACUGGUACUCCCAAGCAAUUCCAGGACCUCGCCGAAGCCCCGAUGGCCCUAUCGCCAUCAGACCAAGGAUGGGAUGAGCUAUUAGGAACUGCCCCUGGUCCUCGUAUGAACGCUACCUUUGUCAGUCUUGCCCGAAACAGCGACGUGUGGGAGAUCGCUCGCUCUAUUCGCCAAGUCGAGGAUCGCUUCAAUCGCCGAUACAACUACGACUGGGUCUUCCUAAACGAUAAGCCAUUUGAUGCUACCUUCAAGAAAGUCACCAGUUCUCUCGUUUCCGGAAAGACCUACUACGGCGAAAUUCCUCACGAACAUUGGUCUUUUCCUGACCACAUUGAUCAGGACAAGGCAAGGAAGGUUCGUGAGGAUAUGGCGCAGCGCAAGAUCAUCUACGGCGAUUCCGUUAGUUACCGACACAUGUGCCGUUUCGAGUCAGGCUUUUUCUUCCGUCAACCGCUUAUGCUCAACUACGAAUGGUACUGGAGAGUCGAACCUAGCAUUGAGCUUUUCUGCGAUGUCCACUAUGACCCCUUCCGUUUCAUGGCCGAGAACAAGAAGAAGUACAGUUUCGUCCUUAGUUUGUACGAAUACGUUGAGACCAUCCCUACGCUCUGGGAUAGCGUGAAGAAAUUCAUGAAGAACUAUCCCGAGCAUGUCGCAGAGGGUAACUCUAUGGGUUUCCUGAGUGACGACGGCGGCGAGACUUACAACCAUUGCCAUUUCUGGUCCAAUUUUGAGGUUGGUAACUUAGAUUGGUUGCGAUCUAAGGCUUACGUCGACUUCUUCGAAUCGCUUGAUAUGGAUGGCGGUUUCUUCUAUGAGCGGUGGGGCGAUGCGCCAGUACAUUCCAUUGCCGCCGCCCUAUUGUUGAAGAAGGAAGAAAUUCACUUCUUCGACGAUAUUGCUUACUACCACGUUCCCUUCACUCAUUGCCCGACAGGCGAGAAGACGAGAUUAGAUCUUCGCUGCCACUGCAAUCCUAAGGAAAACUUUGACUGGAAGGGAUAUUCCUGUACUUCAAGGUAUUUCGAGGUCAACGGGCUCGAGAAACCAAAAGGUUACGAGGAAGAACAGGAUUAGAAGAAAAGCCGAGACCAAAAAAAAUGAUUGUAAAGUAGAUGCUAAUCAUUUUCAAAUUAUGAGGGUAUAUCAUAAAUGCAUCACAAUGGCUCAAUAGGGGUAUUGGCCGGGGCUAAGGGAGGUGGCGUCCAUGGAUUCGUCAAUUCCACGAUAUUAGUUGUUUUUUCAUCUGUAGAUACAAGUUCACAGUGUGGCCAUCUGAAAUGGAAGUACUUAAGUUAUUUAUUAUA